AUUGGAUAAUCAUUGUAAACAUGUCACUUCCUGUUGCCAGCUGGUGGCGCUAUAACCAUAAGUGACUAAUGACAUGUAGAUGUGUUCACUCCAGGACUCUUAUUAAUCAUGUGAAGUUUGGGACAGAUCAGACAUUGGAUAAUCAUUGUAAACAUGUCAUUUCCUGUUGCCAGCUGGUGGCGCUAUAACCAUAAGUGACUAUUGACAUGUAGAUGUGUUCAGUCCAGGACUCUUAUUAAUCAUGUGAAGUUUGGGACAGAUCAGACAUUGGAUAAUCAUUGUAAACAUGUCACUUCCUGUUGCCAGCUGGUGGCGCUAUAACCAUAAGUGACUAUUGACAUGUAGAUGUGUUCAGGUCAUGACUCUUAGCAAUCAUGUGAAGUUUGGGACAGAUCGGACACUGUAUGCCUGAGUUCCAGCAACCUGUUUCAUAGCGAAACAUCAAACUUUGGCUGGCCGAAACAGACACAAAUUUUAAUAUAGAAUCAAAUCCUUCGCAAUUUAGCAUCACAAAGGCCUUAAGAUGACACUCGCCAAAUAUGAUGAUGAUCCGACAAAAACUGUAGGAGGAGUUAGUUAAAGUAUGACUGCUGGAAAUGAGAAAAACUGAGCCAAAAUCUGAGAAAUAAUUCAAAAUAGCUGACUUCCUGUUUGGUUUAGGGUGUUGCUCCAAGAUACUUUUUUGUAGGGCUUGUAAUAAUACAUGAGCAUACCGAAAUUCGUACAUGUAAGUUAAACACAGUCCAAGGGCUGCUUCAUUCAAUAUUUGAAAGUGGCGCUAAAACAUGUUCCUUCAGGUUGCCAGCUGGUGGCGCUAUGGCUAUAAAUGAAAAUUGUUAUGUAGAUGUGUUCAGGUCAGGACUCUUAGCAAUCAUGUGAAAUUUGGGACAGAUCGGACACUGUAUGCAUGAGUUCCAGCAACUUCCUGUUUCAUUGGAAAACAUCAAACUUUGUCGGGCCAGAACCGACACAAAUUUUUACGUAGAGUCAAAUCCUUCGCAAUUUAGCAUCACAAAGGCCUUAAGAUGACACUCACCAAAUAUGAAGAUGAUCCGACGAAAACUGUAGGAGGAGUUAGUUAAAGUAUGACGCCUGGAAAUGACAAAAACUGCGCCCAAAUCACAAAAAUAACUCAGAAUAGCUGACUUCCUGUUUGGUUUACGGCUUCGCUCCAAGAGACUUUUUUGUAGGUCUUGUCAUGCUACAGACGCGUACCGAAUUUCGUAAUUGUACGUCAAACACAGUCCGAGGGCUGCUUCGUUGAAAAUUUGUAGGUGGCGCUAUAGAGCCAUUUUCUCACGCCUUAUUCUAAAGCAUACACCACAUGUAAAUUUUCAUCACUCUUGACAUCUGUGCAAAAUUUCAUGAGUUUUCGAGUAUGUUUAGGCCCUCUAAAGUCCCGCUGAAGUCGGAGAAAAAGAAAAAAAAGAAUAAUAACUCCUUGAAGAACAAUAGGGUCCUCACACCCCGGUGUGCUCGGGCCCUAAAAAUUGCAAAAACUGGAGAGACGCUCCGCCAUUGACUGUUGGAGGAAGCUUCUGGGAGAUUUGGGGCUGAAAACCGACGCCGACACGGCAGACUUUUGUUGAACAGGCAUUGCACUUCUGAGGUCAUCACCAUCUUUCUUCAGCCAACCAAAAUGAUUCUCACCAACCACCCCAGCUCUGCUAAGCUUGAUGUUGGAGGUCUGCUGUUUUUGAAACAGGGGACCACUGUCCAUUAAAGGCUUCAUAAACCAUUUAACAAAAUCACAUAAGAUAGGGUAGUUCAUACUCCAUGCGAUGUGCCAUACAAUGGAAGGGCCAUGUUCCUUAUCACAUCUGGAUACUGCAAAGCUCCUGUCUCCUCAACAAUUUACGAACUAAUCAAUUAUUAAAUGAAGAAAUGCUAUGGAAAAGCAAAGAUAUUUCUUCCUGUGGAGUUUGAGUCUUAAAUUUAGUAAUUACUGUUUAAUGGCAUAAAUAAAAGUUAAAUAUUAUGUUAUUUUAAAAGCAUCAUGUAUCUUUCUUCAUUCCUAAUGUAUUCUACUAGUAGUGUGUCAGGCACUUUAACCCUUAUGAAAAAAGCCAAGGAAAAUAGAGAGCAUCAUAUCAAAACAACUGUUUAUUUGCACAUGCAACAUUAAACUAUGGUAUACAUCUCUGUUUUCAUUACAAUAUUGAAAAGGAUGAGUAUUUGGAGUCUACAGUACUGCUUGCUCCAUCUCCAGCAAAGAUAAAAACAUCCCUAGAAAAAGGAGUCAUUCACAUAGUAUUCCUCUUUUUACAACCGCAACACAUUUUACACAGACAACACAGCAUCUGGAGGACGUAUAUGAUCCUCACCAGUGUAAUUUAUUGUUUUUUUCCUGUGUGUGUCUAAUGAUAAUAAAAAAAUUAUAAUUGAUCAAUUAUACUUUGAAGGAUAAAUGCAAAACUACUAUAUUUACUAUAAAGCUAUCUAAACCAAUAGCAGCUUCAUAAGACUUAAGGUGGUAAUCAAAGGGACUAACAAACAAAUAUAAUGCAUAUGAGUUGACCUAUGAAAACAUAAUGUCCUGUUUUCAUUUGUCAGUUACCAGUUAGGCUUUAGAAGCAUGAUAAAGUUAAAGUGUAUUUAAAAAUAUAGUUUGGAAAAAUGUGUGAAAGUGGUCAUGAAUUUCAAGGGUUGAACGAUUAUAGUUAACUGUUUAAAAAUAUGUAGUUGUAGCCUACUAAUGCUUUUAUAAAAUGCUCAAAAUAUAUUUUAGAUAACAUCCUGUGAUUUCCAAGCCUUGUUUGUUUCUGUGUUUUCAAAGCUCCACACCAGUAGGUGGUGGUAAAGAAAACAGUGUAGGUACGUGUUAACGCGUAAAUCACGUGUUAACACGCAUUUACGCGUUAACACGUAGUGCGUGUUAACACGUGAUUUACGCGUUAACACGUAGUGCGUGUUAACACGUAUUUUUAACAUGUUUUUUCCCUGUUGGCCUUCCAUAUAACACGCAGUACGCGUUAAUGCGUAUGUUUCACACGUUUUGUCCCUUUUGGCUUUCCAUACGUCAGGUUACACCUCCGUGGAGUCACCGAGGACAACAACACAACCAGGAUGCGUUCCACUCCAGUUUUAGACACACACUCGCAAACUUCCCUAAGCACUUCCCCUCUGGGGAAUCCCUGUCGCCAUUUUGAAGUGCGUUCCAGUUCGUCAAGUGGACGAGGGAAGUUUGUAUGGACAGACCCUCGCUCCCUCGAUUUUGACCAAGGAAGCGAGUCUGCUUCAUAUGUACACUUCAUGCAGCUUCAUAUCCCACAAUGCAACACGAUUGUGACGUCACUUCUGCAACUCGCGCUUUGCACAUGGAGGGGGCGGUCUCCACUUUCCAUGUGAUCAAGGGCUUAGGGAGAUCCAUUUGAACCCGGAUAUCUAUAAAUAGAUAUCCGGUUUGUGACGUCACGCUAAACAGAUCGUGCAUCGUAGCUCCGUCGAGUUCAUCAUCUAAAAGCUUUUUUUUUUACCAUCUUAUUCCUAUUUAUAUAAUAUAACUUAUUAGUUUUACAUAGGAAUACUUUACCGUGACGAUUAUUGAGCAGUACUACCACGUGAAACUAUUUAUCACUAAUAAACAGUUAGCAUAUAGCCCGCUAGCAUCCACACGGUGGAGGCUGAAGCUAGCAUUUUCCGAUCUAAUGGCGGAUUCAUCUGAUAUAUGCUUUUCUGACCUAUCCUCACCUGAGCGGGAAGCUGUGGAGGAGUUGUUUCCCGGUUUUAGCAGAUCCAAGGCGAGGUACAGCGCCCACUUCACCCUGCCUUCCGACGUCCACAAGCGAGCAACAAACAUGCAUUCCACGCGAUGCAGCUUCACGGACCGUGAACGACAUGAAAGCGAUCGGGAAGCUGUGGAGGAACCGCUGCCCGGCCUUCGCAGAUUCGGCAAGCCAAACAUCACCCUGACCCCAGACGUUCGCAGGCGACCGAGGCGUGUCACAACCGAACACCCCACGCGAUGCAGCUCCGGGGACCGCGUUCGGGUAAACGAAGACGCCAUCGCCCAGCAUGAAAGCGGUAAGACUCCGCUUGUUAUUGUAACAUGUACUACUUGCCACAUGUAUAGUUUAGCUUCUGCUGUUAGCAUAGAGGGGUUUACAUGCACUAAGUGUAUUGAAGUAUUAAGGUUAACUGAGAAGGUUGCUGAACUAGAAUCGCGCAUCCGAACGCUAGUUGAGGAUAUCAAAACCGCUAAUGUUACUGUCGCAAAUAAUCUAUCGAGCGAAAAGACUAAUGGCUCGGUUCCGACAUCAGAUGCUAAUAUAAAUAUUACAAAUACUGUAUCGAGCGCGCAUAGUGUUUAUCAAAAUACACAUGGCUCGGUUCCGUCAUCAGAGUCAAGUCGGCGGUCAAACUGGGUGACUGUUAGGCGGCAUAGUCAUAUAAGGCGUCCUUCUAAGACCCAUAACGUAACGACAAUUUCUAACAGAUUCGAUCCCCUAAGGAGUACACCAGCUGAAACACCUUUUAAAAGUGCCCUGGUCAUUGGAGAUUCUAUACUCAGGAACACUAACAUUGAGGCACCAAACACCAUAGUCGACUGUAUACCGGGAGCCAGAACGUCUGACAUUAGAUCCAAACUUAAAGUGCUGGCUAAUGCUAAGCGGAAGUUUUCUAAGAUUGUUAUUCACGCCGGCACGAAUGACACUAGGCUCCGCCAGUCGGAAAUCACCAAAGAUAAUAUUAAGGAGAUGUGUGAAAUUGCAAAAACAAUGUCAGACAAUGUAAUAUGCUCUGGUCCCCUCCCCGCCUACCGGGGAGAUGAAACACAUAGUAGAUUAGUGUCUCUCAAUGGAUGGAUGUCAAAGUGGUGCCCUCAGCAUAACGUAGGGUUUAUAGACAAUUGGAAGCAUUUCUGGGGAAGACCAUUUCUCCUAACCCGAGAUGGCCUUCAUCCGUCAUCGGAAGGAAGUGCUAUACUCACUAAAAAUCUGAUCAAUAGUCUUAAUUCUGAUAUAGUCUGACUAUCCAGGGCCCAGGUCAGGAAACAGACGGAUCGGCUUAACCGUCCAUCUGUUAGCUGCCGUGAUAUGUCAAGACCACUUAUAUCCCAGCACUUCGAGUCAAUCUUACCGAAAUAUCAGCACAUUUCAACUGUAUCUGUUCCCCGAACAAAUAAAUACAGGGCACCGCUUGUUACAUCUGGUACAAAUCUGAUUCAAAUAAAAUUAGAAAACAAUACAUUAACAGAUGAAUCUCGAAUCUUAAAAUUCGGCCUUCUUAACAUUAGAUCGCUUACCAAUAAAGAACCUAUUGUCAAUGAAAUAAUUACAGACCAAAACUUAGAUGUACUCUGUUUAACAGAAACCUGGCUUAAAGCAGACGACUACAUUAGUUUACAUGAAUCCACCCCACAAGACUAUUAUUAUAAACACGAACCUCGAUUAAAGGGGAGAGGGGGUGGUGUAGCUACAAUAUACAACACAAUGUUUAAAGUAAACCAAAAAUCUGAGCUAAAAUUUAAAUAAUUUGAAGUAAUGUUGUUAAAUAUGGAAAUAACUGAUCGUAACCACAAACAGCUUUCUUUUGCUUUAGCGACAAUCUAUAGACCACCGGGCCACCAUGCAGAUUUCCUUAAUGAAAUAGCAGAUUUCCUAUCUGAGCUUGUAGUCACUGUAGAUAAAGCUCUUAUUGUUGGUGAUUUUAAUGUCCAUGUGGACAACCCAAAAGACGCAUUAGGACGUGCGUUUAUAGAUGUUCUAAAUUCUCUCAAUAUUAGACAAAACGUGACAGGGCCAACGCAUACUCGUAAUCACACAUUAGACUUAAUUCUGUCACUCGGACUCAAUAUUAAUGACGUCGAAAUAUCACCUCAGAGUGAGGCAGUUUCUGACCAUUACCUUGUGUCAUACACUGUACUUCUAGAUAGGAUCACUCAAUCUACAACAUGCUACCGACUAGCCAGAACAAUAAUUUCCACCACUAAAGAUAGCUUUAUUAGCACUCUUCCAGACCUGUCCCAAAUGAAACAUGUAGCAGAUAACUGUGACGAUCUAGAUAUUGAAAUAGAAAACCUAAACAAUGUCUGUUCUAACACAUUGGAUGCCGUUGCUCCCAUUCGAAAAAAGAGAUUCAAAGAAAAACCGCCAGCUCCAUGGUAUGACCAUCACACAGCAGCCCUUAAAAAGGCAGCUAGAAAAAUGGAAAGAAAUUAUAGAAGCACAAAGUUAGAAGUAUGGCGCGCAGCAUGGAAACAGAGUGUUAAACACUACAGACAGGCUAUUAAAACCGCCAGAUCUACAUAUCUUAGCAAGCUUAUAAAUGAGAAUCAUAAUAACCCUCGUUUCCUCUUUAGCACAGUUGCAAAACUGACUAGAAACAAAGAACAAACAGAAACCAAUAGUAAACUUCAACACAAUAGUAACGACUUCAUGAACUUCUUUUCUAACAAAAUUUCGGCUAUUAGGGAAAACAUCGUAGCUACCCAGGCAGCCACCACUCUACCCAUUAGUUCACUUAACACUAGACUACCAUGCGAACAUCUUGAUUCAUUUAAACCUACUACAAUAGAUGAGCUCUCUAAACUAGUCACAUCAUCCAAAUCAUCGUCCUGUAUAUUAGACCCCGUUCCCACAAAACUACUUAAAGAAGUAUUCCCUGUAGUGUCAACCCCGGUUCUAAAUAUCUUUAACUCAUCGCUAGAAAUAGGAUACGUUCCAACAGCUUUCAAACUAGCAGUUAUUAAACCGCUGAUUAAAAAACCACAGCUUGACCAAGGAGAACUUAAUAACUUUAGACCAAUCUCAAAUCUCCCUUUUCUUUCGAAAAUAUUAGAAAAGGUAGUGGCAAGCCAGUUACGCACAUUCUUGACAAAUAAUAGUACAUAUGAAAAGUUCCAAUCAGGAUUCAGGCCCCACCAUAGCACAGAGACAGCGUUGCUUAGAGUUACAAAUGACCUCCUAUUAACAUCCGAUCGUGGUGAAAUCUCAAUUCUUAUAUUACUAGACCUUAGUGCAGCAUUUGACACAAUAGACCACAGAAUCCUACUCCAUAGACUAGAAAACUAUGUUGGUAUCAGUGGUCAGGCGCUAGCCUGGUUUAGGUCAUAUCUAACCAAUCGCUAUCACUUUGUUUAUGUAAAUGAGGAGGAGUCAUAUCACUCCCUGGUUAAAUACGGUGUACCGCAGGGAUCAGUUUUAGGUCCUAUCCUGUUCUCGUUAUACAUGUUACCCCUAGGAGACAUUAUCAGGAAACAUAACAUAAGUUUUCACUGCUAUGCGGAUGAUACCCAGCUUUACAUCUCCUCGCAUCCCAGCGAAACACACACGUUUUCUAAGCUAAAAGACUGCAUUAGCGAUGUUAGUGACUGGAUGGCACAUAACUUUCUUAAGCUCAACUCCAAUAAGACAGAGGUACUUAUUAUUGAACCAAAUCGCUACAAACAUAUGUCAGAUUACAAAUUGCACAUAGAUGGCUGUACUGUGGUGCCAUCUUCCACGGUUAGGAACUUAGGUGUGAUGUUCGACAGCAACUUAUCCUUUGAUAGUCAUAUCGCCAACAUCUGCCGCACAGCAUUCUUCCAUCUUAGAAAUAUCUCAAAAAUACGCCAUAUACUGUCUACAUCUGACGCAGAGAAGCUUAUUCAUGCUUUUAUGACCUCUAGAAUAGACUAUUGUAACUCGCUACUCGGGGGAUGCCAUUCAAAUCAGGUCAACAAGCUUCAGCUAGUUCAAAACGCUUCUGCAAGGGUACUUACUCGAUCUAAGAAGUAUGACCACAUAAGCCCAAUUCUGGCAUCUUUACACUGGCUACCAGUUAAAUAUCGCAUCCAAUUUAAAAUAUCACUAAUCACCUACAAAGCUUUAAAUGGCUUAGCACCCUCAUAUCUUAGAGAAUUACUAUCAGAAUACAAUCCAUCACGCACACUACGGUCGCACAAUUCUGGCCUAUUGAUUAUCCCUAGACUAUCAAAAGUGUCUAAAAGUGGAAGAUCCUUUUCCUACUUAGCCCCUAAGCUCUGGAAUGAUUUACCAACCGAUGUCCGAGAAUCAGACACAGUCGAUCAUUUUAAAUCUAGACUUAAAACUUUUCUCUUCAACAAAGCAUUCGCAUAAUUUGUCUAGUAAAGGUUCUUAACUCGCAAUAGUUAUUUUCACGGAACAAAGCACUCACGGUCAUAACACAGACCAACCAAAUAAAUAAAUAAAAACCUUUUCUGCAUGAACACUUAAAAUGAAUUGCAUUAAAUAGUUUGCCACCGUUUGCCACUGAACCUGCAUUAACGACGACAGUGGGGCUUCCGGCCUUAGUCAAACGGUUUGGCACGUAUGGUCGGGUUGCGAUUUUGGUGCUUUCGUGUGUCUUGUGAAUAGUAUGCCAUACAGACCCGUUUGCCACUGAACCUGCAUUAACGACGACAGUGGGGCCUCCAGCCUUAGUCAAACGGGUUGGUAUGUAUGGUCGGGUUGCGUUUUUCGCGCUUUCGUGUGUCUUGUGAAUAGUAUGCCAUACAUACCCGUUUGCCACUGAACCUGCAUUAACGACGACAGUGGGGCCUCCAGCCUUAGUCAAACGGGUUGGCACGUAUGGUCGGGUUGCGAUUUUGGCGCUAUCGUAAGUCUUAUGAAUAGUAUGCCAUACAGACCCGUUUGCCACUGAACCUGCAUUAACGACGACAGUGGGGCCUCCAGCCUUAGUCAAACGGGUUGGUAUGUAUGGUCGGGUUGCGAUUUUGGCGCUAUCGUAAGUCUUAUGAAUAGUAUGCCAUACAGACCCGUUUGCCACUGAACCUGCAUUAACGACGACAGUGGGGCUUCCGGCCUUAGUCAAACGGGUUAACACGUAUGGUCGGGUUGAGAUGUUUUUGGCGUUUUCUCCUGGUCCUGUAAAUGGUAUACAAUAUAGACCCGUUUGCCACUGAACCUGCAUUAACGACGACAGUGGGGCUUUAGGCCUUAGUCAAACGGGUCGUCAGGUUUCAUUUUCUCUUAAAGAUCAGAAGGUGACCCUUAUUUACCAUAUAUACCCUCGCAUUGGGCCCCCAAUUUGCUAAAUCCUCAACUGUGGAUAACAUAAUUAUGCCGCAAUAUUUAGUCUGUCUGGAACUAAGCUGAGUUAAACCACAUCACUGUGUGACACUUCAAUACAUAUGAACGGCCGCUACGCUAAUACGGUUUUGUUUUUCCCUCCCUGUCUCGUCCUCGACCCGAGGACGAGACAAACAGACCCAGUCCCGGUAGAUGUGAAAGUCGGCACACCUCUGAUCUACUGGCUGUCCUUCAACGUUAUGCCCAGCUGAUACCUGACCAACGAUCACCGGCAGAACCGCUUAAUCUCCGCUUAAUCUCCGCUAAAUCUCCAUUUCCGUUCUCCCAAGGGUUUUUCCCUCCUAGGACUUAUUUUUCCUCGGAUAAAAGCCCGGGGUUUUUUUUCUCCUAGGGGGUUUUUCACCCCGGGGAGGCAGCCUUUUUGGGCUUUACCUAGCUUCCUCUUCUAUACGUUGCUUUAGUAAUACGUGCAAUUAUAAUAUUGAGUCAUAGCCGCAGCAAAUUUAACUGCUCAUGCUAUCAUGUAUUUUGUUGUGCUAUCUGUCGUUUUCUGUGCUUUUCACUGCUUCUAUUUAUGUAAAGCUGCUUUGAAACAAUUGACUUUUGUGAAAAGCGCUAUAUAAAUAAAAUUGAAUUGAAUUGAAUUGAACCCACUUCAGCCCUGCGUUCCAGUUCGUUUUUUUAUGAACUUCCCUCGCUAACUUCCCUCAGUCUCGUUCACUCGGAUGUACGUCAUUGCUUACGUUGUACGAGUGCCCACUACUGCUAAAACACUUGAAGUAGGUUCAAAUGGAUCGCCCUAAGCCCUUGAUCACAUGGAAAGUGGAGACCGCCCCUCCAUGUGCAAAGCGCAAGUUGCUGAAGUGACGUCACAAUCGUGAUGCAUUGUGGGAUAUGGAGCUGCCUGAAGUGUACAUAUGAAGUAGACUCGCUCCCUCGGUCAAAAUCGAGGGAGCGAGGGUCUGUCCAUACAAACUUCCCUCGUUCACUUGACAAAGUGGAACGCACUUCAAAAUGGCGACAGGGAUUCCCCCGAGGGGAAGUGUUUAGGGAAGUUUGCGAGUGCGUGUCUAAAACUGGAGUGGAACGCACCCCAGGUGUUCUAGCAGUAGUGGGCACUCAUACAACGUAAGCAAUGACGUACAUCCGAGUGAACGAGACUGAGGGAAGUUAGCGAGGGAAGUUCAUAAAAAAACGAACUGGAACGCAGGGCCAGUAGGGGUUCAGAUAAAAAUCGGCAGCCGGCAGCAGGAAGUGGCUGCCAUUGACAGCCAGAAGGCAGUUACUGGCAGCCUGAAGGUAGGCGGGACCUGACAGUCGUUAACAGCCAAUCAAUAUCGACCAACGUGAACUCAACCAAUCACAUAUAACUACAACAGCAGCCAUUGCAUGCUUUAGAAAUGGCAGCGAUUGAUCGAGCACCGGUAAGUUUGUAAACGGAGUAAUGAAUGUAAGUUUGAUUUUAACUGUUAUCUUAGUAAACGAUAGUGUAACUUUGCCUAUUUUAGUUUAAAUGUUACAUUUAUUCUAAUUCGUGUUAGAAACGUAGUUUGUGUACCAUGUUACAUCAUGUAUAAUUGUUGAUGUUGGGGGGCUAAUAACGUACUUCAAAUACAACGUUUACAAUUAAAUAUUAACGUUUGUUAACGUGUUAUUAAGAGUCUAUUGAAUAAUAUCAAAUUAAUGUUGUUUGACUGGAUUUAUAGAAGAUACAAGUGCAACACUGUUUAUACUUUUGUGUUUAAUUUUUCAAGUGAUUGUGUGAUAUCCAUCAACUUAUUGAUUUUUUUUCUUUUACUAUAACAAUUGACAAAACGGUUAUUUUAACAACUACUCUUCUAUUUUUGCCUUCACCUUUUGUGUACCUGACUAUCAGUUAUGACAGGUAAGAAGCCAUUACAUUUCCAAAAUCUUACUAACUUAAGUGAAUUAAUUUUUGUUUUGUUUGUUUGUUUUUAUUUUUAGGAAGAAGCAGUGCACAUCAACCAUGUUGGAAGCAUUCAUGAGACAAAAUGGCAGGAGAAAGAAGUGCAGAACAUCGGAGUAAAUCUUGAACAUCUUGAUGUUGCCAGAUGCUGUCCUGUCAGAAGUUCUUCUUCACGUGGUCCUGGAGGAGGGUGAUGCUGCAUUGUUAAAUCUCUCUUUGGUUUGUUCCAAAUUCAGAAUUCUGGUGGACAUGGAAACACUUCUGCUGUCUUGAUGGUGUAACUAAAUGGAGUACAAAGUCUGAGCCAUCCCAGGACCUUUAGAAAAUGUUUACACUGCAGCCGACACUGCAAUGAAGGGUACAAUAACUGCUUACCAGGUUAUGUUGGAAGAGGAAAACGAGGAGCGAUGCAAGGCUUUUACUCUGAAAACACCCAUCCAGGGUUUUGCAGUUAGUGGUGCAUGAUGCUACAGGAGGAAUAACUCUGUAUAACACAUCAGUUCUGUUCUGAAAGUCUUGUAAAUACCUCCAGGAUUGUUGUUCGUGAUUCUGAUUGCUGACAUCUACUAGGGAGUGCCCCUAAUAUUAUGUGUAUGUAUAUAUAUAUAUAUAUAUAUAUAUAUAUAUAUAUAUAUAAACUUCUUCAUAUAUAUUUGUCUCAAAUCUCUUCUGCAAAUCAUGCACCAAAGGGUACUGUAUUUCUUAUGUUUUAUAUCUUAAGGACCACAAUGGAAAUAAGCCUAUGGGCUUUUUGUAUUUUUAUCCUUUUGAACACUUCAUGUUGAUUGUUCAAUAAAGUAUUUAAUCAAUUCAAUCAAUCAAAAUCUGUCUAAUACAUGUAUCUAAAGCUUUCUACUCUAAUUAACUUAUUAAUACAAAACUGUAUAUGUGUCUUUUAUUAAACAAUAUAAUAUAUAUUCUCAACUCUUUGCAUUAAAGCAACACUUGGAGUAUAAAAUAACAACACCGGUUUCUAAUGUUCUGAAGGAUUGCAUAUGAAAUUGGUUAUAAUACUUGGGUUAUAAAGUUUGGAUAAUUUGCAUAUUACACAACGUGUAUAUGUGUCUGUUUCUUGAGUUACUAAUGUAAAAAAAACAAGCAAAAUAAAAAGAUUUAAAAUAAAGGUCA